AUGGCGCAAAAGACCUGGUUCUUGCCGCCCGAUUUUACAUUUCGUCCCUCUGGGGAGCUCGCUCUGGGAACGAUAAUCAAGGAUCCCAGCCGCCCGACUCUCGCCUUAGCCGCCCUUGGCUCCAAUGAACACCCCGAAAUCGUCCUUCCAGUCAUCGAAACUCUCCUCGAGCCCGGCCACUUCCACUCCCACGGCUCCAAGCGGUCCGGCGGUGCAAACUUUCUCGCCAAGUUCGUCGACCUAGCAUCGGCCUCGGCGAACGCCAACAUGUCACGCUACAAGGAGUGGUCGCUCGGCAAAGUGGACCUCGAGGUCCGAACCUUUAAUAAGGCGAUAAGCGAAGACUCUCUAAAGGCAAUAACGAGGCUGGAACGGGUGAAGAAGUAUAUGAGCAGUGGACGAUUCGGCAAGAAGCCUGUUUAUAUCAUCUCCGGGUUGCGGGUAGCCAAAAACUCGUUCCAGGUGAUGGACCAAGCCGGGUCAGUGGCGUUCAUGUCGAUGGAAGCAUCCGGGCCCACCCCGGCGUGGACCCUACCCCUGGAGCUCGGGGCCGGCAUCUCUGGUAGCCGCGAGCAGAGUCGAACGGAUGCCUACCGGACGGCCGCGGACAUUGUAUAUGCGUACAGGGUUCAUGUGAUUCGGGCAACAAGGGACGGCGAGGAGGCGGAGCUGUUCUCUUAUAGGACGGCCUUCGGUGAAGGCGGAAAUGAUGAAGACGAGGCGCAAAAUAUGGAAUGCGUUGAUGCGACCGCAAAUGUGCUGAAGGAGGAUUUGGAACUGGGGCCUGACUUCGACGAGUACUCACUGGGGGAAGGUGAAUCUUAUAUCGUCUUCAAGGGGCGUACCUAGUGCCCUAUACAGUCUAGCGCCGCCAGCCUCGCUUGUGGACACCAGGUGGAACGCAAAAACUGCCAGCCUUUGCCGCGUCUGCUUUAAAAUACAUC